AUGGCUGUUAUUGGGUCGGGACCUGCGGGAUUUUAUACAUCUUAUAAGGUGAUGUCUAGGAUUGAGAAUUCAACUGUGGAUGUGUAUGAGCAUCUACCAGUGCCUUUUGGUUUGAAUUGUCAAGAUAAGUUCAACGAGGUAGCCGAAUCACCAGACUUUAAUUUCAUUGGGAAUAUAUCUAUAGGGGAUCAUGCUGGAGCUUUACCUCUUGCAUCGCUAUUGCCACAUUACGAUGCUAUAUUAUUUGCCUAUGGCGCAUCUCGAGACCGUACAUUAAAUAUACCAGGGGAGGAUAAUUUGAAGGGUAUAUAUUCGGCGCGGGCGUUUGUGGGAUGGUAUAAUGGAUUACCGGAAUAUGCAGAUCUCGAACCAGAUCUCACGCAAGGAGAUGAGGCUAUAAUUAUUGGGCAAGGAAAUGUAGCUUUGGAUGUUGCAAGAAUCUUAUUGCAGGACCCCGAUGUACUGCGGACAACCGAUAUCACAGAGAGAGCCAUUGACACUUUGCAAAAAAGUCGGGUCAGAAGAGUGAGGGUAGUGGGGAGGAGAGGUCCUUUGCAGGUUCGUUUUAUGGGCCUAAGUGGAGCCUAUUUAUGCUAA